AUGGCGGCAGAGCUCCACGCCUCGGCACAGACCCAGGAGUCCAUCUUCUCUGCGAGUUACUGGAGGCAGCUCUGCCCGGAACUACAUGUCGAGGACAAGAGCUUCCAGGCCGAAGUUCUCGCACGGGAUGGUCGAUCCGUUGCGGCCGUGUCGGACUGCCGCGAGGUCCGUGCCCGCAUCCUGGAGGAGGGCUUUGCCGCGCUCUCCCCGGCCCAGCUGUCGUGGACGGCGCCUGUGGGCCGCCUUGCUCAGGGCGUGCUGCAGCUGGAGCAGCACGGCUGGCCGGCCACGUUCAUUGCGCUCUACGACGAAGCCUGGGCUAUGGCAAGGGAUGCCGGCGCAGUGAUGCGGGAAGCCACGGGCAACAGCCUGUGCAUGGACGUGGUGGGUUUCCUGGUGCGCCCUUCGCAGACGAAGGGCUUCUCUCCCCACCGCGACAGGCAGCCAGAGGACUGGACCCCAAAGGGCGUCCCGCCUGAGACGUCGGCCACUUUCAAGGCAGAUGGCAUGGCCAAGUACGUGACGCUCUGGGCCGCACUCACGGAUGCCACACCUGAGAACUCCUGUCUGCACUUCGUGCCCCGCUCUUCGGAUCCGGGCUACUCUGCGGGAGAUCCGGAUGAUGGAGACCCGAUGCUGCGAAUCUUCCAAGACAAGGCCGCCUUUCAAACCAUCCGCAGUGCUCCCGUCGCUGCCGGAGGUUGCACGUUCCACACGCACCGCACCAUCCACUGGGGCUCCAAGGGCCGCCGCACGGCGCUUCAGCACGGAGGACUUCGAGCCGCCGUACUUCUCCCCUAA